AUGUCAGACAACGAAAAUAAUAACACGCCACAAAACGAAAAUAUAGAACAAGAAGAAAUAAAUACUCUAACAGUUAUAACAAAAUCCUGUUAUAGCAUCAUUAAACUAAAUCAUAACCAAAUAAAAAUAGAACUCGAAAAAAGAAAAUUAAAUACUGAAGGAAAAAUAACAGAAUUAAAAUCCAGAUUAUUUAGAUAUUUGAAAGGAGAGUGGUUAGACACAGAUUUCAGUAAAAACAAUAAAAUAAUGUCAGACAAAACACCAUUUUAUAAACCAACUAAAUUUUCCGGAGCAAUUCACGAAAACAUUGACUCCUUUAUACAAAAAUAUAACAAAGCCAGCAACAUAAAUGCAUGGUCCGUAGAACAAAAAAAAUCUUUUCUACCUAUUUAUCUUGUAAAUACGGCAUCAACUUUCUUAGAUAAUUUUGAAAAUAAUUACCCGACAAGCAACUGGGACCAAGUAGAGAGAGCCCUACGUUUAGAAUUCGAACCAACAGCUCAGAAACACAUGUUAAGAACAAUGCUCGAAAAACGAAAACAAUUACCCGAAGAAACGACCGCCUCAUAUAUAAAUGACGCGGAAAACCUAUGCAAAAGAAUAGAUCCCAAUAUGUCACAAUCAGAAAUAGCUCAUACCAUAAUGAAAGGACUUAAACCAGAAAUUGCCAGAUAUGUAGGAAUAUUAGAUAAUACUAACUUAGAAGACUUAAAGAAAAACAUAAGAAAAUAUGAAUCUAUAGAAUUUAUGAUUAACGGAAAAACCACGCAAUCCAACGAUGACAUUAGGACACAAAUUACAAAAGAACACGUAAAUAUAAUAGAAGAAAAUAAAACUAAAAAGCAAAUAGACACAUUAACGAAUCAAAUAUCGAACUUAGAAACAACAAUAAAUAACUUAAAUCAACAAAUUAUCAACAAUAAUAAAAACUUCGGCAAAUCCAACAACAAUCAAUAUACAAAUCGUCCCGAAAUUAACCGUCAAUAUACGAACCGAUUACAUCAGGGUCAGGUCAACAGCAAUAAAAAUAAUUAUAUCCAAAAUUCAAAUUACGAAAAAACGAGACAACCGUCCCAAUUAUAA